ACAGCCAAAACAAAGACGUCGCGUGUUCGUCAAUAUGCCUGUUUAAAUAUAUUAGUAUUCUAUUAAUUUAUGUAGGUUAAAUUGAGCCUAUAUAAAUUAUUGGAUUGUACAAGAAUACACAUGUUAGCUGCUGUAAAUAUUUAAACGUCCUCCAUAUGUCCACUCUUGACGGAAUAGAAUUUUCUUUACAGGCAUAAAAUCGGAGAGCUUAAUUGGUCCCGCCAGUUGCAGGCGCUGUUCCGAAACCCGCCUUGCAGAGCAUAAACCGUUUGUUUAUUUUCAAUUUGUUUAGAAAAUUCAUUUAAGAAAUGGCUUCCACUAUUUUGUCGCCUGUUGUGGAUUAUUAUGACGACAAGGAAGAGCUCGAUAGCAUAGAUGACGACAACGACGACGACAGGAGUUUCAGGGGAAGGGACUCUGAAGAAGACACAGAGGAUGCCAGUGAAACCGACCUGGCCAAACAUGAUGAGGAUGACUAUGUGGAAAUCAAAGAACAAAUGUAUCAAGACAAACUGGCCUCGCUAAAAAGACAACUGCAGCAGCUACAGGAAGGUACGUUGCAGGAGUAUCAGAAGAGGAUGAAGAAGUUGGACCAGCAGUACAAGGAGAGACUUCGAAAUGCAGAUCUUUUCCUUCAGCUGGAGACGGACCAGGUGGAGAGGAACUACAUCAAGGAGAAGAAGGCGGCGGUGAAGGAGUUUGAUGAUAAAAAGGUGGAACUAAAGGAGAACCUAAUCGCAGAGCUGGAGGAGAAGAAGAAAAUGAUUGAGAAUGAAAAGUUAACAAUGGAACUCACUGGUGACUCCAUGGAGGUAAAACCCAUCAUGACUCGAAAGCUGAGGAGACGACCCAAUGAUCCAGUCCCUAUUCCAGACAAACGGAGAAAAUCAGCACCUGCUCAGCUAAAUUAUUUGCUAACAGAUGAACAGAUCAUGGAAGAUUUAAGAACACUAAAUAAGCUAAAAUCACCAAAGCGACCAGUGUCGCCCUCCUCUCCAGAACAUGUCCCAUCAGCCACCAUGGAAAACCCAGCGCAGCGCAACGAGGCACGCAUUGAAGAAGGAAAACUUUACUACGACAAAAGAUGGUACCACAAAAGCCAGGCCAUUUACUUGGAAUCUAAGGACAACACAAAGAUUAGCUGUGUCAUCAGCUCAGUGGGGACCAAUGAGAUUUGGGUAAGGAAAACGAGUGACAGCACAAAGAUGAGGAUCUACCUUGGACAGCUGCAGAGAGGAGCAUUUGUCAUCCGCCGACGGUCGGCUGCGUGAAACAUUACUCCUGCCCCUUGUCGCACGACGCCCAUCCGUUCAGUUACCCAUUCAUCCAGCCGCUCCUUCAGCCACUCUCUGGGUUCCCACGCCGAAUGCAUCUGAAAGACCACACACACGGAAACACACACACAGAAACACACACUUUUUUUUAUUCUUACCAUUUUACACAAACAGGUUUUUACAGACAAAGUGUUUAUACACAGUAAUGACUGUAUUGUUGUUGGUAAAACAGGGGAGCGUGGCCAUCAGUCGGACUAUCUAAUUGGACGUGAUGUAACACUGAAUCUGCCCUACAUGACUUGAUCCUCAUUUACAGUCAAUACAGAUGCAUUUAAAGGCACAGAAACGGUCAUUAAGACUCUUUAAGUUAUCACUCAUGAUAAUUACUGAACACACACACACAGGCCUGGACAUGUCUAAUAAAAGAUUUAAAAGAUGGUUUGCUCAACAUCGUUCAUCCCAUGUGGCUGAUGUCAUGUCCUGUUACAAACGUGGAGGCCUACUCUGCUCUGAUCGGUUGAAAAAAUAAAUAAAUAUUUUUUUUGUUUUUUUUUUCAUUUUAUAUAUAUAUAUAAAUUGAUAUGUUUAUGUCAUUUUGUCAUCCUUUUUUGUGUGUGUGUGUGAACAAUCUGGCUCACAUCAACUCUCUGCAUGUGUAACUUUCUGUUGAUGUUAUGUUAUUUGUACUGUUACCAUUUUAUUAAAAUGUUUUCUGCUUUUUAUCAACUUAGUGAUG